UUUAACGCCGGAGGGACGCCUCUAUUGGAGGCAAGUUUUGGGGUCGGGUUGAUGGUAGCACGUCCAUUAGACACUGGCAUUGUUUUGUUGUGUCUAUGGGAUUGGUAACGGGGUUUAAGAGGACUGAGGAAGUCACUUGUAUACGGGUUUCACAUGGCCAUGAGGGAUGUCCUUGGCGAUUCGAAUGUUUAUUUUGCAUGCAUGUAACGGCAGUGGUCUGGUUAGCGCAGUGGUUCACGGGAUUCCUGCGACUCGAACCGGAAGAGCGAGCGACUCAGCGAUUGGGGAGGUGGAGAGGCGACAGCUAUCAUAGCCAUUUGGACCAAUCAGAGUGACGGAAUCCCAACGUCAAUCCUUUUCUGGGAAUGAGAUUUCUCCGUUGUGAAUGAGUCGCGCAUUGAUUUAUCGACCAUAUUGCAACGUUCCCCUUC